CGCCAAUAUCAACGACCGGUCAACUUCUUCCUCUCCAUCCCGUCUCAACCUCCUCUUCCGCACCUCCUGAAGUCCAUUGUGAUACCCUGCUGAGUCUAUUGCUUUAAUACACAGCCCACGAUGCAGCGCGCCCUCACAAGAGCGUCGGUCUCGUCGCCGCUCGCCGCGGCCCGUGUCCGCUCCACACAGCAGCUUCGCUUCGCCCAUAAGGAGCUGAAGUUCGGCGUUGAGGGCCGGGCAGCCCUCCUCAACGGCGUUGAGACCCUCGCCAAGGCAGUGGCCACCACUCUCGGUCCCAAGGGUCGCAAUGUCCUCAUCGAGUCCAGUUUCGGCUCGCCCAAGAUCACCAAGGAUGGUGUGACGGUUGCGAAGGCCAUCUCUCUGAAGGACAAGUUCGAGAACCUUGGUGCCAAGCUCCUGGCUGAUGUCGCCUCCAAGACGAACGAGGUUGCCGGUGACGGCACCACCACCGCGACCGUGCUCGCCCGUGCUAUCUUCUCCGAGACUGUCAAGAACGUGGCUGCUGGUUGCAACCCGAUGGACCUCCGCCGCGGUAUCCAGGCUGCUGUCGACUCGGUCGUCGAGUAUCUCCAGAAGCACAAGCGCGACAUCACCACCAGCGAGGAGAUCGCCCAGGUUGCCACCAUCAGCGCCAACGGCGACGAGCACAUCGGCAAGCUGAUCGCCAACGCCAUGGAGAAGGUUGGCAAGGAGGGUGUCAUCACAGUCAAGGAGGGCAAGACCCUGCAGGAUGAGCUCGAGGUCACCGAGGGCAUGCGCUUCGAUCGCGGCUUCGUCUCGCCCUACUUCAUCACUGACACCAAGGCCCAGAAGGUCGAGUUCGAGAAGCCCCUGAUCCUCCUGUCAGAGCAGAAGAUCUCCGCUGCCAUGGACAUCAUCCCUGCCCUCGAGAUCUCCAACAAGCUCCGCCGCCCUCUCGUCAUCAUCGCCGAGGACUUCGAGGGUGAGGCGCUCGCUGUCUGCAUUCUGAACAAGCUCCGUGGCCAGCUCGAGGUUGCCGCUGUCAAGGCUCCCGGCUUCGGCGACAACCGCAAGUCGAUCCUGGGCGAUAUCGCCGUCCUGACCAACGGCACCGUCUUCACCAACGAGCUCGAUGUCAAGCUCGAGAAGGUCACCCCUGACAUGCUCGGCUCGACCGGCUCCAUCACCAUCACCAAGGAGGACACCAUCAUCCUCAACGGCGAGGGCAGCAAGGACGCGAUUGCGCAGCGCUGCGAGCAGAUCCGCGGCGUCAUGGCCGACCCCACCACCUCUGAGUACGAGAAGGAGAAGCUCCAGGAGCGUCUCGCCAAGUUGUCUGGCGGUGUUGCCGUCAUCAAGGUUGGCGGUUCCUCCGAGGUCGAGGUGGGCGAGAAGAAGGACCGCUUUGUCGAUGCCCUCAACGCCACUCGCGCCGCUGUUGAGGAGGGCAUCCUCCCCGGCGGUGGCACUGCCCUGAUCAAGGCCUCGUGCAACGCCCUCAACGACCUGAAGCCCACCAACUUCGACCAGCAGCUUGGUGUUAGCAUCAUCAAGAACGCCAUCACCCGGCCCGCGCGGACGAUCGUUGAGAACGCCGGUCUCGAGGGCUCUGUUGUCAUUGGCAAGCUCAGCGACGAGUUCGCCUCCGACUUCAACAAGGGCUUCAACAGCGCCACCGGCGAGUACGUCGACAUGAUCCAGGCCGGCAUCCUCGACCCCCUGAAGGUCGUCCGGACCGGUCUCAUCGACGCCAGCGGCGUCGCCUCGCUCCUCGGCACAACCGAGGUGGCCAUCGUUGAGGCUCCCGAGGACAAGCCUGUUGGCGGUGGCAUGGGUGGUAUGGGCGGCAUGGGCGGCAUGGGUGGUAUGAUGUAAGAACAAAAAAAAAAGAAAAGUGUAUUGGGCCAUGAUUCUUGUCUUUGGUUUACGGCGACUCGGCUGGGGGCAUUUGGCUGGUGUUAUCGGAUUCUAUGUACAACGUGCCAUGUACUCUCCUCUCUACCCCUUUCUCCCCUGUGUUCAUAGUUGCAUAUUCCCGAGGCCACUGCGGUGGCAUUGUAUAUUAUGAUGACACGGGGCUAGAGUAGAGGAGAAAACAAUCAUGAAAUGUAAUUGAUUGAAUGACUCAAAA